AUGGCCAAAGAGUCGGUUCAGCUGCUGGGGCUGGCAGGAGAUCUGGCCGGGCUCCUGUCCUUGCUUCCCCUGCUUUCGGAGGCCAAGUUUGGGCACCUGCUGCGGGCCAAGGAGUCGAAGGAGUCGAAGGAAGGUGCCGUGCAGCGAGUGCCGCCGACCUGGGCGCUGUUGCUGCUGUUGGCGGCGGAGUGUUGGCCAUCUCCCUUCUUCUACGCCUCAGACAAGAAGGCCCGCCGGGCGAUCGGCGAGGUGGUGCGGGCACAGCGGAACGCAAGCAGUGGCUUCGAGGCGACCAUCAGCAACAUGGUCAAGUUGCUGGAGAAUCAGGAUGUCUACGAGCUGACGCGGCUGGUGGCCAUGUGCGGCGGGCUCUUGGGCAUCUGCUUGGUGAGCUUCAGCUCCGGCAAGGGCCUGCUGGGUCUGCCCAGCCCCCGAGACUUGGGGCGCCUGGUGCCCUCGCCGCGGCGGGCGGCGCAGCUGCUGCUGCUGGCGCUCUUCGUGUGCGGCACCUGGACGCAGCUGGGGAAGCUGCUGCGCAAGCCGCAGGCCGGGGGGGGGGGGGGGGAAUGCACCGACGAGGGCGCUCUGUCCAGCUGGGCGCUGUUCAACUGCGCCGCCUGCGUGGCGCGGCUUUGCAGGCGGGUGCUCUACGAGCAGGCGACGCUGGAGACACUGCCUGGGAGCCCAGAGCUGCUGGCAGCGCUGGCGCUGGAAGCCUGGUGUGUGUUAGUGCUGAUGGUUCACCUGGUGAGGCGCCGUGGCAAGCUGUUGGUGGCCAUUGCGCUGGCGGCGCCCUGCGUGAUGUUGGCGGCAGGUGCGCCCUACAGCAAGCCGUGGGAGCCCAUGGUGACGCCUGCCCUGCAGAAGAGCGGCCUGGCGGCGGCGGUGGUGGCGGCGAUGCUGAUCUGCAUGGGUGGCUUCCCCACCAUGAUGUGCAGCCUGGUGCUGGUGCAGGUGCUGUACUUUAUCCACGGCCUGGACAAUGCAAAGCUUUGA